CCCGGCGGCAGUGACGGCAGGCGUGGUUCUGGACGAGUCUGCUCAAUCUGAGGUGUGAAUGGUAUGAAAAUACAGGACGAGUGGCAGCAGGGGGUGAUUCCCAAGUCUGACAGUGCCAGGUAGUAGCUGGAGUGCCAGUCCGGGUCUGCUGUGUCUCCAGAGCUGCUCUGAGUGAUGUGACCUCAGCCCAAGCGCUGCCUUGCAGGUUUCAGAGCCCACUGUCCCUGGCCUCCUGCCACCGUCUCUGACUUGACGUCUUUCCGAGCUGCGUGACUUGCCUGACUUCAGUUUCCCUUUCCUCCGCUAGUGCUGGUGGCAUGUGAGUGCCUCUUCUGCCAAGAAGCCAACUUGCUGUUUGAAGAGCUUUCCAGGGACACAGGCUUCAUUUGUGUCUGUAACGACCCUUCAGUGCUCAGGGAUGGACUCCACCUUGUCCCUGUGAAGAGACUCUGCAUGCUCUCAGCAGCCAGACGGGGAUUCUGCUGCCAGCUUCUUCACAAGCUGCCCCCCAGCAGGACUUGCUCAGCAGCGCCUCGGGAGGAUAUCCGUUCAGGCAGUUGUGUCACUGCGGUGCCCACUUCACGCCCAUGGAGCAACCUGUGUGCGUGUUCCGUCUUCUUUGAGCUCCUCAGCCCACACUCCCUGGACUCACCUGGGCUCCUGGCUGACUGUUUGCUUGUUUUCCCAGCUGCUCUCCCUGAUCCUGUUGCGUUCCCUCUCUCACAGAGCCCAAAAAGGAUGUGAACUUUGGAAUGGGGUCUGUGGGCAGGCUGUGGACUCAGUGCAUGUGUGAGGCUGUUGCUGAAUAACAGGAGGACUGGUUAAUUGCUGCGGGCAGCCUUUCUGUCUGGCUGCAGGGCACCAGCCUUGCCCGGGCCCUUCACCAUGUUCCUCCUGCUCCCCUUUGACAGCCUGGUUGUUAAUCUCUUGGGGAUUUCCAUAACUGUCCUCUUCACUCUGCUUCUGGUUUUCAUCAUUGUGCCAGCAAUUUUUGGAGUCUCCUUCGGCAUCCGCAAGGUUUACAUGAAAACAUUAUUAAAGAUUUUUCAGUGGGCGACACUGAGGAUAGAGCGCGGUGCCAAGGAGAAGAACCAUCCAUUAUACAAGCCCUAUGUCAAUGGUAUCAUUGCAAAGGAGCCAACAUCACUGGAAGAGGAGAUCAAGGAGAUCCGCCGGAGUGGCAGUGGCAAAGCCCUGGACGCGCCCGAGUUUGAGCUCUCAGAUAUCUUCUAUUUCUGCCGCAAAGGCAUUGAGACCAUCAUGGACGACGAAGUGACCAAGAGAUUCUCAGCUGAAGAGCUGGAGUCCUGGAACCUACUCAGCAGAACCAACUACAACUUCCAGUAUAUCAGCCUGCGCCUCACUGUACUCUGGGGACUGGGUGUGCUCAUCCGCUACUGCUUCCUUCUGCCCCUCAGGAUAGCCCUGGCGUUUACUGGCAUCAGCUUGUUGGUGACUGGUACUACAGUGGUGGGAUAUUUGCCAAAUGGAAGGUGUAAGGAGUUCCUGAGCAAGCAUGUCCACCUGAUGUGUUACCGGAUCUGCGUGCGUGCCCUCACGGCCAUCAUCACCUACCAUGACCGGGAAAACAGACCCCGAAAUGGAGGCAUCUGUGUGGCCAAUCACACGUCUCCCAUCGAUGUGAUCAUCCUGGCCAGUGACGGCUACUACGCGAUGGUGGGUCAGAUUCACGGAGGGCUCAUGGGUGUGAUACAGAGAGCCAUGGUGAAGGCUUGUCCCCACGUCUGGUUUGAACGCUCUGAGGUCAAAGAUCGUCACCUCGUCGCCAAAAGGCUCACGGAGCACGUCCAGGACAAGAGCAAACUGCCUAUUCUUAUCUUUCCGGAAGGAACCUGCAUCAACAACACGUCUGUGAUGAUGUUCAAAAAGGGGAGCUUUGAAACCGGAGCCACAGUUUAUCCCGUAGCCAUCAAGUAUGACCCGCAGUUUGGAGAUGCCUUUUUUAACAGCAGCAAGUAUGGCAUGGUAACCUACCUCCUUAGGAUGAUGACCAGCUGGGCCAUUGUCUGCAGUGUCUGGUAUUUGCCCCCAAUGACCAGGCAGCCUGAAGAAGACGCUGUCCAGUUUGCCAAUCGAGUGAAGUCAGCCAUUGCCAGGCAGGGGGGCCUUGUGGAUCUGCUCUGGGAUGGAGGACUGAAGAGGGAGAAGGUGAAAGACACAUUCAAGGAGGAGCAACAGAAACUCUACAGCAAAAUGAUUGUAGGCAACCAUGAAGACCGGAGCCGCUCCUGAGCCCUCUGCCUCCAGCACUGUUACUGGGCCUGGCCAGAGCCCUCUGCCUCCAGCACGAGCCAGGGCUUGUCUGAAGGAGCCUCAAAUCUUUGGACUUGGGCUACUCCAGAGCUGCUUGGACUUGCUCUUUCAUCCUCUGGCUGUUCUUUCCUGGAGGCACUGUUACUGCCUAGCAUCUUUAGGUCCUGGGCAGCUCUUGGCACAGAUGCCUUCUUGUUACUGUUACAGUGAAGCCCCUUGCAGGGGCAAUAUUAAAUGAAACACUUACGGCGUCA